AUGGCUCAAACUAUGCGUAUUGCAAUGGUUGUGAUGAUGAUUUUGGUAACAAUCGAGUGUGGUAAUGGAAUGGAUACUAAAGACCACCGUGUGUGUUUCAAAAACUGCCUAGAGAAGUGCCGCUUAGAUGAUUACACAUGUCAGUUGAAGUGUGAAAUAGAGUGCCAUUUAACACCACCGUCUCUUCUAGUUGCUAGUGAGACAAAAGAAGACCACCGAGUGUGUUUCAAAAAUUGCUUAGAGAAGUGCCGCAUAGAUGAUUACACAUGUCAGUUGAAGUGUGAAAUAGCGUGCCAUUUAACACCACCGUCUCUUCUAGUUGCUAGUGAGACAAAAGAAGACCACCGAGUGUGUUUCAAAAAUUGCUUAGAGAAGUGCCGCAUAGAUGAUUACACAUGUCAGUUGAAGUGUGAAAUAGAGUGCCAUUUAACACCACCGUCUCUUCUAGUGGAUGAAGCAGUGAUGGCCCCAGAACAAGGUAAAAGCGAUACGUGCUACAGAGAUUGUAGCAACAAAUGGGGCCUUGACUCAGCUCGUAUGGAACGUUGUUUGAAGACUUGCCCCACGCCUGCUACUCUCUUUUAG